UCGUAAUUCGCGCGUACAUCUGGCAACGUCGGUUUCGCCAACCUGACCCGCAAUUUUAAUUUUUUAUUAAAUUCGGGCGCGAACGCUCGUGUUUUUCACGCUUUUUUCUUGUUAAAUAUUUAAAAAGACUGAGGAAAAUAGAAGGGAAUAGAGUUGGUUUUAGUGCCGUAGUGAGCCCGCAAACGAACUAUGUACAAUGGAGUGGACAAUACGCGUCUAGUCAACGCUUUUAGUUAUUUACAGUUACAACAGGGAUAUUAUUUUCAGGAGCAAGCGUUAGACGCUAAAAAUCAAGCUCAAAGCCCCGAGGACACCGAGGAUCUGUCCCCUCUUCCCUCACAAGCCCAGGGCCCUGUCAGACGAAGAGGUGGCAUUUCGGCAGAACCUGUCACCGAAGAAGAUGCCACGAGCUAUGUUAAAAAGGUGGUGCCCAAAGACUACAAGACGAUGGCGGCACUCUCCAAAGCCAUCUCAAAAAACGUCUUGUUCUCACAUCUGGACGAGAACGAACGCUCGGACAUAUUCGACGCCAUGUUUCCGGUCACUUUCCUGCCUGGAGAAGUUAUCAUCCAGCAGGGCGACGAAGGAGACAAUUUUUACGUAAUCGAUCAAGGAGAAGUCGAGGUCUAUGUGAAUAACGAACUGGUGGUCACCAUCAGCGAAGGUGGCAGCUUCGGCGAGCUGGCCCUCAUCUACGGCACCCCCCGAGCCGCAACCGUCAAGGCCAAGACCGACGUCAAGCUGUGGGGCAUCGACCGCGACUCCUACCGCCGCAUCCUCAUGGGCUCCACCAUCCGCAAACGCAAGAUGUACGAGGAGUUCCUGUCGCGCGUCUCCAUCCUCGAGAACCUGGACAAGUGGGAAAGGCUGACGGUAGCCGAUGCUCUGGAACCCGUAAGUUUCGAAGAUGGGGAGACGAUCGUACGCCAAGGGGAGCAAGGUGACGACUUCUACAUCAUUGUUGAGGGUUCGGCUACUGUGAAGCAGAAGCAGGCGGAGGGUGGAGAGGCUGUCGAGGUGGGUAGGCUGGGACCUAGCGAUUAUUUCGGAGAGAUUGCGUUGCUGUUGGACAGGCCGAGAGCGGCUACUGUGGUGGCUAACGGGCCUUUGAAGUGUGUCAAGUUGGACAGAGCCAGAUUCGAAAGAGUUCUUGGACCCUGCGCAGACAUCCUGAAGAGGAACAUUUCGCAGUACAACAGCUUCGUGUCCCUGUCGGUUUAACGAAGAAACCCCGAACCAGUUUCACCUUUGUACAUUGAAAACGCUGCUUUCGGUGCAAAUUUCUGUGAUGCGUUGUCUUAAUAACUCGUGAAUGUUUUGCUGUAGAUUUUAUAAAUAAUUAAUUAGUUUUUUACUCUUACUCGGCGGUUCACGAUGCGCACCUUCUCCCUUUUUUCCAGUAUUUUAAUGUACAACGGUGUAACGUCAAACAGAACUGAAAUAAUUUCAGCCAAAUUACAGUCUUCUUCUUUUUCGCUGGUAGAAAAGAAAAAAAACGAACAGGGUAUUCCAUUUUCGUGUGUUUUACACCGUUUCUCAGGGUGCGUCAAAUUGGACGCUUUUAAAAGGAGAAACACCCUUUUCUAUAGGAGAUAGACGAAAACUAAUAUCGGUGUCUGGAGCUCAAUUUUUAUCAAAAACGUGAUGGUGCAAACCGCACACCGAUAUCUGUUACCGUUUACGAGUUACGGGCUGUUUUUCAAAACUGUGCAUUUUAAAAAAACCGGUGUAACUUUUUUGCUAUGGACUAUUUUUUGCUAGAAUAUUUUUAUGAAAACAUUUCCAAAGUACCUGUUUACGUAGAAUUUAAUGGUUUAAG